ACUUCCUGUCUGUCGCAGGCUUGUGACGAAAAUGGGGAGGGGAGAGAAGCUUUGUAAAAACAACAGCUUCGCCUUUCCACCUUGCUGGGUUUCCUGGUUCCCCCUAGAAAGCGGGUCCGACCAUCGGCUCCUCCUGCAAUGAUGCAUCGACGGGGGGUUGGAGCUGGGGCCAUUGCCAAAAAGAAGCUGGCGGAGGCCAAAUACAAGGAACGGGGGACCGUUUUGGCAGAAGACCAGUUAGCUCAGAUGUCCAAGCAGCUGGACACAUUUAAAACUAACCUCGAAGAGUUUGCCAGCAAACACAAACAAGAGAUCCGUAAAAACCCGCAGUUCAGAGUCCAGUUCCAGGACAUGUGUGCAACAAUCGGCGUGGAUCCACUCGCCUCCGGUAAAGGAUUCUGGUCUGAAAUGUUAGGUGUUGGGGAUUUUUACUAUGAGCUAGGGGUCCAGAUUAUAGAAGUCUGUCUCGCUCUGAAGCACAGGAACGGAGGAUUAAUAACCCUGGAGGAGCUCCAACAGCAAGUGCUGAAAGGCCGAGGAAAGUUCGCUCAAGACGUCAGCCAAGAUGACCUCAUCCGAGCGAUUAAGAAGCUCAAAGUUCUCGGCAACGGCUUUGGGAUCCUUCCUGUUGGCGGAACCUACCUGAUCCAGUCUGUGCCUGCUGAACUGAACAUGGACCACACUGUCGUGAUACAGCUUGCUGAGAAAAAGGGGUACGUGACCAUCAGCGAAAUCCAGUCUAGUUUGAAAUGGGAAGCUCAGCGGGCCAAACAGGUGCUGGACCACUUGUUGAAAGAAGGCAUGGCCUGGCUGGACACACAAGCCCCAACAGAAGCCCAGUACUGGCUCCCAGCCCUCUUCACGGAACUUUACUCUCAGGAAAUCACGCCAGAAGAAGCUAAAGAAGCUUUGCCCUGAGGACCCAGGAAGGAGACAGAAUUACCUGAGCUUCAUUUCAUGGAGCUGGUGCUACUGUUGGUUGGUUAACCAUACAAAACAGCAACAAAAUACUGAGUUGUAUCUAACUCCUUGUAAAAAUUAAAGGGGAAAGGGCCUUGUUAAGAA